AUGGCGAUGGUGAGUGUGAGCAAAGCGAAAACGAGAGGUCCCAACCACAAGAUGUCUCUGGAAGAUUACCUUCUUCUCAUUCAGUCUCACUCCAACCUCCAUCUCACCGCAUCAGAUCUCAAUCAGAUCCUCAGCAUGCACGGGCACAGGAAAAUCCACGGAGGCAACAAGCAACGUCUGAGCGACGCCGUGAGCUCAAUGUCCCUGGUCCAGCCUGCUCGCACUACGCUCAAAGACGGCAUCUCGCCGUUUGCAAUCACGGCGCAGGAGGACGUCAUCGAUGCCCUCGACGUGCUCAAGUGGAAAGAGUGCUGCGUCACCUCCAUUGAAACCCUAAGCUCAUCGAAACACGCCCACUGCUCUCCUCUUACAAGCCCCUGCUCCGACGUCGCCAAGCACAAGAAGCAUCAGCAAUCGGCGCCCUUACCCCUGAAUUCGGUAGCCUACGGCGUCAUUUCCGCUCUGGACGGUGCUUCCUUGUCCUCUGGGGCUUCUGAGACCACUCAUCCGGCGAAGGAGUCGGUGCAGGAGAGAAAGAGGAAGAGGUCGCCUAGUUGCGGCGGUGGCGCCAAUUCUACUGCUUCGGCCUGCGUUUCGUACGAAGCGUGCUGA